GUUCUAGAAUUGUUCCACCCAGGCCCCCUUAGCCAGGUAACAACUAGAGAUGCUUUAGGGUUAGAGCACUAAGCUGUCUGGGUGCCACAUCUACAGGCUGUGCUACACAGAGGGCGGUGUGUUCCUGUACUCCAGCAGCUAAUAAGUUAAAAGGGCAGUCAUUUGCUCACAAGUCCGUUAUAGGUUACCCAGGAUACAGCUACAAAGUUUACUUUUACAACGUAGAAGUUAUGUUAAAUCUAUUUCUUUAACAUAGCAAAAGUUUAGGCUGUAGUUUUUUAUGUAUAGCUAGAUAUAUUGUUAUAGAUCUUAUAAUGACUAACGUAGUAAAGCAGAGAAAGAAAGGCAGCAAUGAUGGGAAGGAUGCCCAGCAGACUACCCCAGCCGCCGCACCAAGGACACAGACAGAGCCGCAGGGAGCGGGGGAUACUCUAGUCAGUGGUCGUAAAUCGCCGUGCCCGGAGCUCAGGACGCUGUUGUGCCUGGUGUGCGUAGCGAUCUGUGCGGCUAUGACUUGGCUUGUCAUCCAACAGUCUCGCAACCUUGCAGCUAUUGAACUAAAAUAUCAGUCUCUUCAAACAAGACCGUCUGCUUUAAAUGAACUGGAGGAUAAAGUCAGGCUCCUGUUUGGAAAGCUUGCAUCUACUGAGGAUAUCCUAGCAGAAGCCAGUACCACCUCCGCUGUCAUGAGUGGCUUAAAGCAGCAAGUAUCCAGUGUCCAUAAUGACAUAGACCGAAUCCAGCAGAAUGAGCAAACAUUGUUUAAGAAGAUGCAAAAGGUUAACGCAAAGUUCCAAAACAUCACUGAAGCGUGGAAGAAAAGCCUCGAUGAGAUGAAUCAGGAUACGGACUCUGUCAAAUCUGAAGCGAAAUCAUUCCACAGCCAGCUCACAUUAAAGAUUAAUAAUGCUGACCAAACACUCAAAUUACUCUCGGAGAAGCUUAAGGAUUUGGACGACAGCACAACCAGAAAUACAAACACUGUAAGGAGACAGGAAGAUGAGGAGCUUUCACGUAUCGAAGAAACGCUUGACUGGGAUACAAAUGCUAUUGAAGAAAUGGAAAAAGAACAGAGUGUUCUGACCAGUGUUUAUACAGAAAUAAAGCAGAAACUGAUAGACCUUGAACCUAAAGUGGAAGAUUGUAUUAAAAGUUUGCCGACAGUUGAAAGCGGCAUUCGCUCACUUCUCAAAGUAUCCAACGAAAUACUUGUCCUUGACAAGAAGAUGAAUGAAAUGACUGUUAAAGUAUUUAAUACUGAAGAUAACCUGCUGAAGGUAAUCUCUGAAGUGCUGGAGCUACAACGAGCCCUUGAGAGCAUGCAGUUCGAUAACAGUAUAUUAAAGAUUCUAAAUGUCGUAGAUCAGCUGAAGGAAAAAACGCAGAAUUUACCUUCAAGUGAAGAUAGUGACUUAGAAGAAGAAGAAAAGGAAGAAUUAAAUAACUGAUAUUCAGGGACUAGAUAAACUUUAAACAGUGUUUUAUUGUUUUGCUAAAUUCUGCACUAGUUUUAUCUGCGUCUACACUUCACCAAACACAUUAAAGGGACAGUCUACUCUAGAAUCUUUAUUAUUUUUAAAAAAAAGGUAGAUAUACCUUUUAUUAUCCAUUCCCCACUUUUGCAUAACCAACACGGUUAUAUUAAUAUACUUUUUUACCUCUGUGAUUACCUUGUAUCUACGCUUCUGAAGACUGCCUCCUUAUCUCAGUUUUUUCACAGACUGGCAUGUCAGGCAAUAAAUGUGCUUACUCUUUAACUCCACAGGCGUGAGCACAAUGUUAUCUACAGUAUAUGACUCACAUGACCUAACGCCCUCUAGCAGUAAAAAACUCAAAUGCCUUCAGAUAAGAGCCGGCCUUCAAGGGCUUAGAAAUUAGCAUAUGAGCCUACUUUAGGUUUAGCUUUCAACUAAGAAUACCAAGAGAAUAAAGUAAAUUUGAUGCUAAAAUUAUAUUGGAACGUUGUUUAAAAUGGCAUGCCCUGUCUGAAUCAUGAAAGUUUAAUUCUGACUAGACUGUCCCUUUAACUAAAGCAAAUAAGCAAUGUUCAUCCUAUUAAAUGUUGCCUCUGAGGUCACUGAUGUCGUAACCAAUAACCUUUCUAGUCUUGGCAUCUUGAGAGCAAAAAGAGUAGGUAAAUGGAAAGACACAGUAAGAGAUGUGAAUGUAAGAAAGAGGAGAAUAAGUGAGUCACUAACAAAUAGAGAGGUGUAACAUAGUAUUUGUAAGACUCAGAACCAUUCAUAUAGGGUGAUGCUUUUUUAAAUACAUCUAUGCUAACAUAGCACAGGUAUUUGCCUUGUAUGGGUUCAUGUAUAAGUCACUUAUCUGUUGUUUUUACAACGUCAUUCUAUACACAUAGUAUUUAUCUACAAUUAAGGACUGCACUGCAUACAUAAUACAUCUUACAAAUGUAUUUAGAGCUUUUAGUUUGUUAGGAAAAUGUGCUAUGUUCUGCAGUCCGAGGAUAUACUUCUUGAAAAGCCUCCAUUGCAGUUAGCAUUUAACAUUCCAGGGUCAGAGUUCAGAGUAUUUCAGGAUGCACCCAAGUCUUUCUGGGGCAAUGGGGAAAAAAAUAGAAGAAGAAAAAAUGGUUUAGGGGUUUAACUACUGAAAACUAAACACUUUUUUUUGGAUUACAAAUGUUAAGUUUAAUGUCCCUUUUUAAAUGCACUGUUGCAACGUGGAUGUCACUUUCCACUUGCAAAACACUACUUAGCUGGAUUUGGGCUAUGGAAAUACUUUGUAACUGAAGAGAUGAACUGAUUCCAUCACGUGUGUUUGAUGCCAUAUCAGGAAACCGGAGGAUUAGCAGCCAUCUAGGAAGAUCAGCUGUUUUAUCCCUCUAGCUCUACUGAUUGCUGCAUUAAAGGGACAUACAAUUACAACAGUAAAAUGCUCUGAUGGACUGCAUUACACUACUGCCUCUAUAGGGAUUAAAGGGACAGUGUACUGUGAUGUUUUGUUGUUCUUGUUUUUCUCCUUUAACGUGUCCCCAAUGAUCCAUUUUACCUACUGGCAGGUGAAUUUGAUCUGUAUAAAAUAGAUUAAAAUCACUAGUCAGUAAGACUUGGUUUAACUAGUGGUCUUCUACAUAAAGACUCUUUCUUGCUGGUGGUUGCAAAUUUUUAGACUAAUAGCUAGUCCGAUUAGUAAUUUGCUGAUAUUACCAGACAACUGAUUUGGUUAUAUACUAUUAAAAAUACAUAAAGAGAUCAUUAUUAAAUUAUUGGGAGGUGAACUAUCUCCAGUUUAUUAGGUUAUAAGCAUUCAUGUUUGCGCUAUGAUUUUUUUUUGCUCUACUUUUUUAUUGAAAAGUGAAAAAGAAUCAUUACCUUAUUAAUAACAUUAAAUAUUGACCUGAAUUUAUCAGGCACACAUAAAUUAUGUUUUUUGGCUACUGCAUCCACACAUAUACUGAAAAGUACUGGUUAUAUGCUAUGUACACAAUAAGGUUUAGAGAGGGAAAAAAAACACUCCCAGUGUAUGCAGUGCUUGAAUAGAGAGUUACUGGAUUGUUCACACUGUUUAUAGAGAGAGAAAAUGAGGAUUUUGUGUAAAUAUAGAGAGAUAAGUUGAAGUCUACUCACACUGCAAGCUUAGUCCAUUCCAUUGGGUUGUGGUUUGCAAUUAGCAGAUACAGCUAUUUCAUUUACAAAAAUAUAACUAAAGGAACUAUGUACUCUGAAACUGGUAUAAUAAGUCAUUGUGGAAUUAUUAAGGUAAAAACUAUUUUACAGUACACUGUUCCUUAUAAAAACUCACAUAAAGUCUGCUCCUGAGCUGUAUAUGUCGGGUGAGCCAAUCAGGAGCCAACAAUCCACAGCUGUGUCCAGUUCACAAACAAAAGUGCAUUGCAACUUAGAUGGCUUUGACUAUGCAUUUAAACCCUUUUAUAUAAAGAUACUAAAUACCUAGAGACAUGCAGUAACACAAUAGUAAAAGUUAAUAUUGCAUUAGAACACUUGGCUGUCUGUAACUGUAAUCUGUUACAAUGUAGCUCUAGUCUGCUUUUUGCUGAUGCUUAGUAGAGAAGUUUUGCUGCAAAAAUUAUGUGACAAUAAAACUUAAGUUUUAUAAUGGAAACUACCUUAUCUCAACAAAGACACUGGCUACACUGAGAAUUUUUAAAUGCUCAUUUUGCAAGAAAACAAGCUGGUUGCUAUUUUAAUGCAAUCUGUUUCUUUUUAUGUUUACUUUGAUUUAACAUUUUUACUAAAGGAGCACUGUUUCAUAUGCCUUUUUAAGCAUGAAUAACAACCAAGGGGUAUGGCAUGAUUUGCAGUGUAAGGAGUGGAUGUGUACUUUAAAUAAUAGCUUAUGAGCAAAACUCUUAUUAAAAACGCAGUAGACGUGCACCCCUUAAAAUAUCUAAUUAAAUGUUUAUUUUUUAA